AUGGGAAUGGGUCUGGCUAGGUCAAGCCUAAGGUUGGCGUCCGCAGAUUUUCUUGAAUUUGGAUAUGAUGUGAAAAAAGAGUUGGAAGUGCUUAAGAAGACAAUUGAAUCUAUCAAUGAUGUGCUCUUUGAUGCUGAUCACAAACAAGAUCAAGUUCGUGUGCAUGACCUCUUAGAUGACCUUGCUAUCGAAUUUAGGAGAGACAAAUUGGGUGCAGCCGAAGGAAAAGAAGUAAACAGGGUACUUCGUUCCAUUUCAUCUUCAAAUCAACUUCCUUCAUACAAUGAAAUGCCUGACAAAAUUAAAGAAAUACGAGAAAAUUUUAAGGGUGUAGUAAAAGAAAUGAAGGAUUUGAAUUUAAGCCCAAGUUCUAUGCUGAUUGCCGUUGUUGGCCUUGGUGGUUUGGGGAAGACAGCUCUUGCACAAUUGGUGUAUAAUGACUUGGAAGUGCAGACUUUUUUUGAUAUGCAAAUAUGGGUGUUUGUCUCUGAUAACUUUGAUGUUAAAACUAUUCUGAAGAAAAUAUUUGAAUCAAUUACUGAUGGCCAAAGACAAGACCAAUCAUUAGAGAAGUUGCAAAGAGAGCUUCGUAGAAGUUUAAGUGGAAAGAAAUAUUUGUUGGUCUUGGACGACAUUUGGAAUGAGAGUCAUAAAAAGUGGGCUGAAUUGAGAAAGUACCUGAUGUGUGGCGUUCAAGAUAGCAAGAUUUUAGUGACAACUCGAAGUGAAAAUGUAGCAAAGGCAAUGACUGCCAGCACUUCCUAUCUUUUAGAAGGUUUGACUGAUGAAGCAUCUUGGAGUUUGUUGAAGAACAUUGCUUUUGGAGAUGGUUCCAAAGGAGUGAAUCAAAAUCUAGAAUCAAUGGGGAAAGAAAUAGCCAAAAAAUGCAAAGGGGUUCCACUAGCAGUUAAAACACUCGGAGGCCUGUUGCGAGGACAAAACGAAGAAAGUGAAUGGGAGAAUGUUUUACGCGGUGACUUCUGGAAAUUAUGUGAGGAGGAAGGUAGUGUUAUGCCAAUUCUAAAACUCAGUUACCACAACUUGUCGUCAGACAUGAGACAAUGUUUUGCUUAUUGCUCAUUAUAUCCCAAGGAUACAGAAAUUCCAAAGGAUGAGUUGAUUAAGUCAUGGAUGGCACAGGGUUACCUUAAUUGUUCAAUUGAAAAACAGCAGAUGGAGGAUGUCGGUAAUCAAUUUGUAAAGAUGUUUUUGAUGAACUCAUUUUUUCAAGAUGCAGAAAGUAAUGACGAUGGUGAGAUCAUUAGCUUCAAAAUGCAUGAUUUAAUUCAUGAUCUUGCAAUCCUUGUUUCUGGCAAUGAUUGCUCUUACUUGGAUAGUAAUGCGGAAAAAGUUGAAGGUAGACCCAUGCACGUAUCAUUGGAAUCUUUUGAGGCCAUUCAUUUGUUGAAAUCGUUAGAUCAGAGCAGGCUGCGAACUUUGAUCUUGCCGAAUGACUUUUUCGAAGACGAGGAAGAUUUGUCGGUAAUUGCAAAGUUCAAAUACUUACGCGUCUUGAGGAUGUCAUCUUUUUCCUUCUACAAAUUGUUUGAUUCAAUUGGAAAAUUGAAGCAUUUAAGAUACCUUGACAUCACUAGUUAUCACUUGUUGAGUGGGAUGCCAUUUAGGUUGGGAAAGUUGUACUCGUUGCAAUUCUUAUCAAUAUUUGCUGUGGGAGACAGCCAAGAAAGAAAAUAUGGCACAUUAAAUGAAUUGAAAGACUUAAACCUAAGAGGAGAAUUAAUAAUUCAGCAUCUCGAUCGCAUCAUCGGUAACAGUUUACAAUUAUUAGAAAACCUUGAGCCCCACCAUAGUCUUAAGCGAUUGAAGGUGUGUUGUUAUCCAGGCAUGCGUUUCCCAGAUUGGCUUUCUCUCCUCACAAAUGUUGUUGACAUUCAUCUCUCUUAUCUUUGUAAUUGUCGGUGUCUCCCACCGUUGGAACGUCUCCCGUCCCUGAAGUCACUUGUGAUAGAGGAGUUUAGUGAAUUGGAAUACAUAUAUCUCUGCGAAGAUGGUUUUGUAGUAACCUUCUUCCCCUCUCUAGGGAGCCUCACAUUAGAGAAUUGUCCUGAGCUUAUGGGAUGGCGGAUUGACUUGCAUGCCUACUUUUCCAAACGUGAAGGAUUUAAAUGGUAUCAUAACAGUGCGGAGCCAUUAAAACGAACACUAAACUCAUCUUCCUCCGCUGCUCCUCUUUCCAUGGUCAAACAAUUGACGAUUUCUGAUCAUAUGAAUUUCCCAAAGGGUUGGAUGCAAAAUCUGACUCCUCUCGAGUCUCUUCAAAUUCAAUGGUGUAAAAGUGAAACACUUGAGGAAGUUGGAACUUGGUUUAAGGACGACACCAACUGCCUUCCGUCUCUGCGAAAAAUCAGCAUAUCUAAGUGUUUAGGGCUAAAGGCUUUGCCAGAUUGGAUUUGCAACCUCUCAUCGCUUCAGGAGAUCUCAUUGUUUUUGUGUCCAAAUUUGGCAUCGCUGCCCGAAAGAAUGAGUGGUCUUACCAACUUAAAGAUCUUUUGA